AUGUCGACCCCCGUCAAGAACCGCUUCUCCGAGUACGAAGACGUAUUGAUUCUGCGUGAGGUGAACGCUCGCUUGCCAUUCAUGGCAAAACGAGGUCUUGUGAUGGUGGGCUGGGCAGCUGUGGCGGAGGCCGUUGCUUCACAAGAAGAGUUCUCGCGGCCCGGUUUCGACGCCAAGAGGGCCCAAAACCGCUUCACCUUGCUCCUUGAGGGCCACCGGGUUCGCGACGAUGAGUCCAUGAGAGCAUCAGGCGUCGCCGAAGACUACAAUGAGAAGUCACAACUGCUGGACGAGUUGUCUUCCGUUUACGACGACUGGAAGAAGCGUGACAAGUUGCGCCUGGAAGAUGUUAUGCGUGAGGCGGAGCGAGUCGAGACGAUGGGGGCAACAAUUCGUGAAGAAGCGAUGCAGUCAUUGGGCAAACGCAAGAAGAUCGACCAAGUCGACGGUGAUGCCGGCGGCGGCAACAACGGAGGCACUUUAGCCAAGAUGAUGAAGAUGAUGCAUGACGACAACAACGCUGAACUGGAGUUUCGUAAGUACCAGUACGAAAAAGACCAAGAAGAGCGUGAAGCUGUGCGAUCCCGCGAAUAUGAAGAGAGACGCAACUCAAUUACGCAUGCAUCUUGA